UAUGCCAGCGUCACUGCCUCGCAUGAGGAAGAGGACGUCAGCGUAAAAGCUGUGAGUUGGAAGAUAUGAAAUGGGUUUAAAGUAUUAGCGAUUUAAUUGUGUUUUAAAGUAUUGGAGAUAUUUCAAUAGCAGUAAACGAAUGGGUUGCAUCAGCGUUUUGCUGUAUGUAUCGGAGCAUUGCUUGGAGACGUUGUGUAGCGUUUAAUGGUUGAAGAUGUCGUGGAUAAGAGAAGGAGAAUUAAACCUUAUUGAGCGUCUCUCGGCAAACGUCCUGAAGGCCGGUCCUGUUCCUAAACAUGUCGCCUUCAUCAUGGAUGGGAACCGACGCUUUGCUCGCAAGAAACACGUUGAUAGGCAGGAGGGACACUCCCAGGGAUUCAACAAACUAGCAGAGACGCUGCGCUGGUGUCUCCAGCUGGACAUCCCGGAGGUGACGGUUUAUGCCUUCAGCAUUGAGAACUUCAACCGCUCGCGCGAGGAGGUGGACGGACUGAUGGAGCUCGCCAAACUCAAGUUCCUCAGACUGCUUGAUGAGCGGGAUAAGCUGGAGAAGCACGGCGUGUGCAUCCGUGUCCUCGGUGACCUCACCCUAUUGCCGCUCGACCUCCAGCAGCUCAUUGCGAAGGCCGUGGUCGCGACCAGAGAACACAACCGAUGUUUUCUGAACGUGUGUUUUGCCUACACUUCGAGACAUGAGAUGGCCAACGCGGUGAGAGAGAUGGCAUGGGGGGUGGAGCAAGGGCUCAUCAAAGCCAGCGACGUGUCCGAGGCCCUUCUCAGCGAGUGUCUGUACAGCAGUAACUCCCCGAACCCUGACCUCCUCAUCAGAACCUCCGGGGAGGUGCGCCUCAGUGACUUCCUCCUCUGGCAGACGUCCCACUCCUGCUUGGUGUUCCAGUCGGUCCUCUGGCCCGAGUAUUCCUUCUGGAACCUCUGUGACGCCGUCAUCCAGUACCAGUGUAACCACGCCUCCAUCAUGAAAGCCCGCGAGCUCCACCAGGACGAGCAGCGCCGGCAGCAGCUGGAGGCGGACCACGCCUGUGUCGCCGAGCUCCUGCAUCACCAUGGCAACGGCAAGCCGGCCGACGGCCCUCGGAGGCAGGAGGCGGUCGCGGAGUACGGCUUGCGGCGGGAGGCCAGGGUGAAGGACUUCCUGGAAGCGCUGCGGAACAAGAGAGACUCUUUUCUCACCCAGCUCGCCAGUCAAGCCACCGUAGCAUAGAGUAGCACGGUGCUAACCAACACCCCCCCCCCGCCCUCCACUUCCUCUUCCCCUCUGUGCUGCCAUGGCAACCGGAAGAGAGGUCUGACAGUCAGACAGUCUGGGCCGAAGUUGAUUCUUUUUUUUUUAUCUGUGAUUUCUACGAGGACGGAAGGAGGGCAAUUUGACCCCUAUGGGGCUGUAAGAGGGGUAUUUAUGUUUGUAGAUAAAAUGUUUCAAUGUCCAAAACUGGUCAAGGUGUAGCUCAUAAAUCUGUUGUGUUCGACACGUGGGACAGAGCAGAAAGAUAUAAAUGUUUGGAAUACGUUACUAAGGCCACCAGCCAUAAGAAUGAGCUUGGUCUGAAAGCACAACGUGCCAUUCUUUAUGCUGUUGUGUUGACAGUUUACAGAACUAUAUUUUGACCAACUUUAAUGAUAGUGAUGCUAAUGUUGUGAUUAUAUGUAUAUUAAUGUUAGUAAAAAGCGGCCUGAUUCAUUUUA